CUGGAUUUAUAUCGCUAUAGCUAUUAUCGUCGCCCUCUCCGCAAUAAUCUCCUUCUAAUUUUUCACAAUGGCUCGUCAAUUCUUCGUUGGUGGUAACUUCAAGAUGAACGGUACCAAGGACUCGGUCACCAAGAUCAUCGACAACUUGAACUCCGCUGAAUUGCCUACUUCCGUCGAAGUGGUCAUCGCUCCUCCUGCCCCAUACUUGGCUUUGGCUGUUGCUGAAAACAAGCAGCCCACCAUUGCUGUCUCUUCCCAGAACGUCUUUGACAAGGCUUCAGGUGCCUACACCGGAGAAAUCUCGCCAGCCCAGGUUUUGGACUUGGGUGCCAAAUGGACUUUGACCGGCCACUCCGAAAGAAGAACUAUCAUCAAGGAGUCUGACGAAUUCAUCGCCGACAAGACCAAGUUCGCCUUGGAAUCAGGCUUGUCAGUUAUCUUGUGUAUCGGUGAAACCUUGGAAGAGCGUAAGGCUGGUAUCACCUUGGACGUUUGUGCUAGACAAUUGGACGCUGUUUCCAAGAUCGUUUCCGACUGGUCCAACAUCGUCGUUGCCUACGAACCAGUGUGGGCUAUCGGUACCGGUUUGGCUGCUACUCCUCAAGAUGCCCAAGACACCCACAAGGGUAUCAGAGACCACUUGGUCAAGACCAUCGGUGCCGAACAAGCAGCUGCUGUGAGAAUCUUGUACGGAGGCUCUGUUAACGGCAAGAACGCUCCAGAGUUCAAGGACAAAGCCGAUGUCGAUGGGUUCUUAGUCGGUGGUGCUUCGUUGAAGCCAGAGUUUGUUGACAUCAUCAAGUCCAGAUUGUAGAUAUAGUCUAAAAGAUAUGAUUGAGAAAUAUAUGCUUGAACUUUGAAA